ACUGAGAAAGAUAUACACAUUGAGGGAUCACAUUGUGGUGUACCUGUAGCUUAGUGUAUUGUACGUUGAUUAGGAAGAAAGAAGCUAUGGCUGGCUGUUUGAGGCGAGGCAAUUCUCUCGUCGUGCUAACGAUCGUUCUAUUAGGCUGUCUUUUUGCACUUUCCACUGCAAAAGAGGAGGCUACAAAACUUGGUACCGUUAUAGGAAUUGACCUUGGGACAACCUAUUCCUGUGUUGGGGUGUAUAAGAAUGGUCAUGUGGAGAUUAUAGCUAAUGACCAAGGAAACAGGAUUACACCUUCAUGGGUUGCAUUCACUGAUAACGAGAGAUUGAUUGGUGAGGCUGCCAAGAACCUGGCUGCGGUCAACCCAGAAAGGACAAUCUUUGAUGUUAAGAGGCUGAUUGGAAGAAAAUUUGAAGAUAAGGAAGUACAGAGGGAUAUGAAGCUGGUACCAUACAAGAUUAUCAGCAAGGAUGGAAAGCCCUACAUACAAGUCAAAAUCAAGGAUGGAGAAGUUAAGGUAUUUAGCCCUGAGGAAAUCAGUGCCAUGAUUUUGACAAAGAUGAAGGAGACAGCUGAAGCAUUCCUUGGGAAGACUAUUAAGGAUGCUGUGGUCACUGUUCCUGCAUAUUUCAAUGAUGCACAAAGACAGGCGACAAAGGAUGCUGGUGUUAUUGCUGGAUUAAAUGUUGCUAGGAUCAUUAAUGAGCCAACAGCUGCAGCCAUUGCCUAUGGACUGGACAAGAAAGGUGGUGAGAAGAACAUUCUUGUCUUUGACCUUGGUGGUGGGACAUUUGAUGUCAGUAUUCUGACCAUUGACAAUGGCGUGUUUGAGGUUCUUGCAACGAAUGGUGACACCCAUCUUGGAGGUGAGGACUUUGAUCAAAGGAUUAUGGAAUACUUCAUCAAGUUGAUCAAGAAGAAGCAUGGAAAGGACAUCAGCAAGGACAACAGAGCUCUUAGCAAGCUAAGGAGAGAAGCUGAGCGUGCCAAGAGAUCCCUUAGUAGCCAGCACCAAGUCCGGGUUGAGAUUGAAUCAUUAUUUGAUGGUACUGAUUUCUCUGAACCAUUGACCCGUGCUCGCUUUGAGGAGUUGAACAAUGAUCUCUUCAGAAAGACAAUGGGACCUGUGAAGAAGGCAAUGGAUGAUGCUGGGCUACAAAAGAACCAGAUUGAUGAGAUAGUUCUUGUUGGUGGAAGCACAAGAAUUCCAAAGGUGCAACAGCUCCUCAAAGACUAUUUUGACGGGAAGGAGCCCAGCAAGGGUGUAAAUCCUGAUGAAGCAGUUGCUUAUGGUGCUGCUGUUCAAGGUGGUAUCCUCAGUGGAGAGGGUGGAGACGAAACUAAAGAUAUCCUUCUCCUGGAUGUCGCUCCUCUCACCCUUGGUAUUGAAACCGUUGGUGGUGUGAUGACCAAAUUGAUCCCCAGAAAUACAGUUAUCCCAACCAAGAAGUCCCAGGUGUUCACUACUUACCAAGACCAGCAGACCACUGUCUCCAUUCAGGUUUUUGAAGGUGAAAGGAGUCUUACCAAGGACUGUAGGAAUCUUGGAAAGUUUGAUCUCACUGGAAUUCCUCCAGCUCCAAGGGGAACCCCCCAAAUUGAGGUCACAUUCGAAGUUGAUGCCAAUGGCAUCUUGAAUGUCAAAGCAGAAGACAAGGGUACUGGAAAAGCAGAGAAGAUUACCAUUACAAACGACAAGGGCCGCUUAAGCCAAGAAGAGAUUGAGCGUAUGGUUCGUGAAGCAGAAGAGUUUGCUGAGGAAGACAAGAAGGUGAAGGAGAAGAUUGAUGCCCGUAACGCUUUGGAAACCUACGUGUACAACAUGAAGAAUCAAAUCAACGACAAGGACAAGUUAGCUGACAAACUAGAGUCUGAUGAGAAGGAGAAGAUUGAGACAGCAACGAAAGAAGCCCUUGAAUGGCUAGACGAUAACCAGAGCGCCGAGAAAGAGGAUUAUGACGAGAAGCUCAAAGAGGUCGAGGCAGUUUGCAAUCCAAUCAUCACAGCUGUUUAUCAACGAUCAGGUGGAGCCCCAGGUGGCGGUGCAUCGGAAGAAGAGGAAGAUGACAGCCAUGAUGAGCUGUAAGCUCUUCCAAAGAAUCUCCAUUGAUACUGCAAAGAUGCAGGAAAUGAGGAUAUAUAGAAUAGUUUGAAGUGAGGGUUAGUGCAAGUUUUGUCAUUUGUUCUGAAAAAUCUCCCCCCUUCGAUUAGUUUUUAUAGGUGAAGAUUUUACUGAAAGGAUGUUUCCGUUCUUUGAGAACGACGGCUUGUAUGUUGCUUCGAUCUGUUGAAUACGACUUCAGAAUUUUAUUUAGU